CCCCGCCCAGUACUCAUGGGUUGGCGACACUUUGGCGGUGUGUGGGUGUCACUGGCAUGUGGACAGGCAGCCACCUGCUGGUGCCCUGCCCACUGGGAUCUGUGACCCCAGCUUCCUAAGGCCCAAUGCAGUGCCCUGGGGCAGGGGACUGAGGCCAGACCAGGAGCCUCUGACAAUGUGUAGAAGAAACAGUGGGAGAUAUGGGGCCAAGAAUGGGGUUGGUCUUUCCUAAUUAUGCUACCUUAGUUUCCCUGAGGGGAUGCAGCUCCAGGAGGGAAAGUCUGGAUGACCUAGUUUAUGGGGGGUGGGAACAAGAAUAAAGCCUGGACCAUGGGUAUGGCUGGUCAUCUCCCCCUCUCCUGCAGCUCUUGGGGUGCUGGCAGGGACUUCUGAGUCCUGAUUCUGACAGACUUGGGGGCUGGAGCAGCCUCAGGGUGGAUCCCCUGUUGCCUUGCCCUCUGGGGUCUCUGGGAAUGGGAGCCAGGAGUUCUGGCACCAACUUUGUAGAGGGGGCGGGACCAAACGCAGUUGGGCCCCUCCCUGGAUCAGGGCCUCAAAUACCCUGCCUAGUCACCAGAGCUGUUACCAGACCAAGCCCUGGAGUCUGGUACCACGGACACAUUCCCAGCCUGGAUCUCAGACCCUUACCUGGGCCCAGAUUCGGAGUCUCUGACACGGCCCCAUCCACAUCUCAGACCGCUCGCUCCGCGCAAUGGGAGGGCCCCAGGCCCUACUGGCUGCGCUCUGGGCUCUGGGGGCCGCCGGGGCAGCAGCGCUGCGCAUUGGAGCCUUCAAUAUCCAGAGUUUCGGCGACAGCAAAGUGUUGGACUCAGCUUGUGGCAGCGUCAUCGCACAAAUCCUGGCUGGCUAUGACAUCACGCUCGUGCAGGAAGUGCGAGACCCGGACCUGAGCGCAGUGACUGCGCUCAUGGAGCAGAUCAACAGCAUGUCCAGAAACGAGUACAGCUUUGUGAGCAGUGAGCCCCUGGGGCGGGAUCAGUACAAGGAAAUGUACUUGUUCGUUUACAGGAAGGAUGCAGUGUCCGUCGUAGACACGUACCAGUACCCGGACCCGCAGGACAUUUUCAGUCGCGAACCUUUCGUGGUCAAAUUUUCAGCCCCCAACUCCGGUGAGGCCCCGCCCCACCAGGCCCCACCUAUCUUACAGGCCCCACCCCGCCUUUGACACCCACCCUCUCCCGCAGCUGCUAAGGAGUUUGUGCUGGUUCCACUGCAUGCCGCGCCGCACGACGCAGUAGCGGAGAUCGACGCUCUCUACGACGUGUACCUGGACGUGAUCGACAAGUGGGGCACUGACGACAUGCUGUUCCUGGGUGACUUCAACGCAGAUUGCAGCUACGUCCGGGAGCAGGACUGGGCGGAUAUCCGCCUGCGCAGCAGCGAGGUGUUCAAAUGGCUCAUCCCAGACAGUGCUGACACCACGGUGGGCAACUCAGACUGUGCCUACGACCGUAUUGUUGUCUGCGGCGCCCACCUGCGCAGGAGCCUGAAGCCCCAGUCGGCCGUGGUGCACAACUUCCAGGAGGUAUUUGGCCUCGACCAGACCCAGGCCCUUGCCAUCAGUGACCAUUUUCCUGUGGAAGUGACCCUCAAGUCCCACUGACAGUUCCAAGCACUGGCCAUGAAGAACAGCUCUACAGGGCUCCUUCAGGGUGGCUGGCUUACUCCCAGCAAGACUGCAGGGCAGGGUCAACUGGGCUUGAACAAGUGGCCAUUGACAUGUUACAGAACACCCAGAGCCUGUUGCCUAUCUGUAAAAUGGCCUACCAUUACCUACCUCACAGGGGUGUGAAGAGCACCCCAGAGUGCUGGGUGUGGCUCUGCUAAAUAAACGGGAGUGCUCAGCCAGGACCACAAACAGGUCAGCUUGGGAGGCCUCCAUGACUUUU